GCACUGAUGGGGCUGUGAGACGAGGUCAAGCUCCAGCGAGUUCUAAGAUAUGUCCUUCAUAGCCACCAUCAAGAAGUGGGCAAGGUCGUGGAAUGCCGCCAAUGGUAGUCGGGCGAGGUUCAGGGACAUGAUGCAGAGAAAGUAUAGGUUGGGGGAUGGCUUGUUAACCAUGGCGGAUUUGGAGGCCAUGAACAAGGAUGAUUUCUCCACGAUUGGGGCGUUUGUGCACGAGUUUAAAAGGAAGGCGCGGAAGGUGCACGGGAUCUCCGAAGAAACGCAGUGUGCCAUAUUUUUGGGUCUGCUUACUGGCUCGGAGGCCUCGGAGCUGACGGGUCACGGAGGGGGAAAUGAGAAACUCACUUGGGCCACUAUCGACAAAGGGGUGGAAGAUGGAAGCCUGGACCAAGUGGAGCAGCACCAGGUGCGGCUGCAAAGGCGCAAGAGAAAGGAAAGGGACGCCACCGUGUCCGGGACCCCAGGGGUGAAGAGGAUCGUCACGGACGUAUUGGCAGCGCUGGGGUAUGAUAAUGAGGCGGAAGUGCAGAAGAGGGGGGUGACCAUGGCCCAAGGCCGGGCGUCGGGGGCAGUGGAAGAGGAGGCUACGCGCGAGGACUAUGGCAGAGAAGAGACGGGCUCCCAGAUUCUAACCAAGGCCCAGAGGAAGCAGCGGAAUUUACAAGUGGGGGGUCAAGGAUCCGGAAAAGGGCAGGUCCCGCAAGCGAUUGCUGCGCCGCCACCUGCAGCCACGACAACGUCAGCGACGACCGGGCCGUCAUGUAUGGGGCCGCCGCCGGCUUGUGGGCACUGGAAGAAGGAAGAGCCGACCGUAAGAGUCGAGGAGAUUGUAGGGGAUAGUGAAGAGGUCACUCAGCGACUAAAGGCGGGGACUAUAAGGGAGGAGCCAAUAGUCGUCGAAUCGGAUGACGAGGGGCAAGAAGGCGAAGGAGAGUCGGCUAUAGUCCUCCUCGGGAGGAUGGAAGAUCUGCUGGAAAAGGUGGGAAGGUACCAGCGGAAGUUGCAGGCCCUGUGUGAAGAAGCGCGAGAUUGGGAGGCCAAUCUGCCUGAGGUCUUCCUCUACGACUCCGGACCUGAGCCUUCGCCAGGCCAACAGGGGUACCCAAGAGUGGCGACUAUAGGGACGGACCCUAGGUCAGGGAUGGCCUAUAGACCCCCCACGUCGCAUGGGAGGGUGCCACAGGCGGCUCGGACUAGGAGCCAAAACAAGGUCGGGCCUAGCCAAGAGCCCAGUCAGGCACCCCCUCGAAAGGAGCCGGAGCCAGGACGCGGGAAAGAGGUGGUGGAGGUCCCGGAGGAAGAGGAAGAGGAUGACGACGAAGAGGAUGAGAGGCUCCGACAAGAGGAGGAUCAGCGGGCGGAGCCGAGGGCCAAAAAGAGAGGAGCCCGGGAGGAGGCCGAGCCAAGCCUACCCGACAGUGUACCUAAGAGGAAGAAGUACGCGGUCCGGAUGGAGGAAGGUUUUGAUGUGGAACGGAUGGUGGACAAGCUCCUGGAAGGCCAUAACGACUUAAUGAACCUGAAGGAUAUCCUGGCGUCGGCGCCGAGGCUCCGUGGGGAGUUGAAAGGGCGACUCUCGCGAAGGCUGGUGCCAAAUGUCCAUCUAAGUACGGUCCUGCCUAGAGAGGUGGAGUGGACUGAGGCAGGGACAAGGAUGGAUUGGAAGUGUAUGGCGUGUGGGCAGGUGGAUUUGGUGAUAAGGAACCAGAAGUGUACUGGGAUGGUGGACACGGGCGCAGAGAUGAACAUCAUCAGGGAGAAGGAGGCAGUGAUGAUAGGCAUGAAGAUCGACCGCUCGGACCAUGGCAUGCUGCACGGCGCUAACUGCAACGCCGCGUUUUGCGGCACAGCGUCAAAUGUGAUUAUAGAGAUUGGGAAGGUGCGAGCCAGGACCUGCUUUUUCGUUAUGCCUGAUGUCGAUCACCCCAUCCUUCUGGGGCGGUCGUUCGUGUGCCGAACGGAAAUGUUGAUCUUCAACAAGUACGACGGAACAAUGAUCCUGCUCCUGUGCGACCCGGCGUGUGGGAAUUAUGAAGUUAUCACCUGCCGGAACAUGGGACCGGGGAGCGGGAGGAAUAGGCCCAAUCUAGGCUCGUUCACCUUUGAGGAGUCAAAGAACGAGCGGAGACGGCUCUGGGAAGUGCCCGAGGAGGAGGAUAAGGCUGAGGUGCUGACACUGAGCCUCACAGAUGUGAAUAAGGCCAUGAAGGUGGUGUCGGCUCAUGACAUGGUGGAUCCGGAGGCCAUUAAGGCAUUGAGGGAGCAGGUUUUGGAGAACCCUCAAGUGGGAGAGGUGGAGUUGGUGUAUCGGCUUCCAAGAGGGGGGGGAGGCCCUGCAAUGGCCCAGGCCCGAACGACAAAGAACAAGAACAGGGCAAAUGGGUUAAGCCGCAUCAACCGGGACGGAUUGGACGAGGAAUCGAUAGAAGACACACCGCCAGUUGAUGGGUUUCUGGAUCAAGAGGAGGACGUUUGCCUGCACAUAAACGAAUGGUCCCUGCGAGUGCCCAGUUGUGUCAGCCACCCCAUAUGGCUGGCACCAAAGGGGUACGAGCAGAAGGAAGAGUUAGUCCUCAAGCCCUUUCAGGAGGAGGAUCCGUGGGGAARUAAGGAUGUUGGUUGGAURAUGAAGUUGGCGUUGGCAGGUAYGCACAGUCUGGUGGAGRAAGUGAGGAYAAUAGAGGAAGRCCCCGCUCAGGUAGAGGAGCAUGAGCAGCUAAUGGGAGGGAUGUACCUGCUCACCAAUACGCUCCUGCAGGGAGACUUCGACCGGAAGGGCUCGUUCAGUCACGAGGAGGAUGAGAUUCUGGUUCCUGAAAGCCGAGACGACGAAUUCGAGGAAGGAGAAAUCAAGGAGGCGUUUCGGACGGAGGUGUACGAUGGGAUCUACCAGGAAUUGGGGUUGCUCCUAUCAUGUGAGAUGAGCGAUAGAGAUGCAAGUGCUAAGGCACAGAAGAUGAGGCACCUCUAUGUGGUAAGGGACGGCCACUUGUUUAUAAAGCGGCAGGUCGGGAACCCCAGGAGGAUCGUAUGUGGGAGAAACCGGCAAAUUGAUAUCAUAGCGGCCCUACACGAUGGUAUAGCAGGGGGGCACAGAGGGGUGGAGUUUCGUCGAAUCACGGGUAGUGAUCUACGGGGCCCGUCGCCGACGUUACCAGAGGGGGGAGAGGCGGUGCCGUUGAGGACGCCGCUCGACAGGUUGGAGGCUCAUCCCGACGCGUCCCAGUGGGGGGCGUCACAACUGGAAGCGGACCAGAGCGGACCGGCACGGUAUGAGCCAGUAGAGGAUGAGCCAGAGGAGGAACCACCUGAGCCGGGGCCUGAGGCAGGGUCUCGCGAACGCAAGGAACCGCAGACUGAGGGGGUUAUCACUGUUGGGGAUGAUACCCCUCCUCCUGCCCCGAUUCCGGAACAGGCACGACAGUAUUGGACUGAAGGAAUUCCUGAGCCGGGCAGCGAGGAAAUGUUGGGGCCUCCAUCGGAAACUACUAUGCCACCUCCGACGCAGGCGGAGCCAGAGGAGGGCGAGAGAGCGAGGACACCUACUACUAUGGUACCACAUCUAACUGAGCCUACAGAGGACUUGGGAUUUUCAGCCGCCAGGAUGGAGAUUGAGCGUGCAGAUAAGAGGAUAGGUGAGGUGGCGGUCUCGUCCUUCCAACGGUACUCCAUGCUCAACGAUGAGUUGGCGGCCUCGAGGUUAGACGUGGGACAAUUGUCCACCCAACUGGCAGAAGAGAGGGCAGAGAACCAGGCGUGGAGGACCCGCAUGGAAGCCAAGGAGGCGGAGUGGGAGAAGAGGCUUCAGGACAUGGCGGCGAUGGUAGAGAGGCUCUCGGCCACUAAGGUGGUCGACUGGAUGGAGCAGAGCCGGUAUGGUAUUCAGGGGAAGGAGGUACAGGGGCUCUUUGGCCAGGAAGGAACGACGGAGACGCCACAGCAGGAGGGAAUGGGGAAGGUAUUCCUGGACCCAGCAGAGGCGGCAGCACGGCGGGAGGCCGAGGAGGGGAGGUUCAGCUUUAGGACGCCCACAGAGUUGGCCUCGCAACAGGCCACCCCUUUGACGAUUGAGAUCCCUGAGGGCGAGCCGACGCAGAGACCCCAACCUCCAGUAAAGGAAGGGGGCCCCACAGAGGAGUCCCCUAUGAUCCUUUUGGAGGUGCAGGAGGGUGCCCUUACGGGAGCAGCAGCAUCCACUGAGCUGGAGGCAAUGGGGGGAGAGGCGUCUUGACUGGAUGAGUUAGUGGCAGCUAUGGAGUUGGACAUGCCGUCAGGAGAGCCUCAAGACAGGAGACCCCAGAGCGUGUACCAGAGAUAGA